AGUUGAUUUAUCCCAAAUAAUGUUUAUCUGCACUGCUAACCGAAUAGAGAAUAUUCCUGGACCCUUGCGGGAUCGAAUGGAAAUAAUUGAAAUAUCUUCCUAUACUAAAAAUGAUAAACAAUCAAUUGCUGAAAAUUAUUUAGUUCCUGGAUUGUUAGAUCAUUAUAACCUUACCAAAGAGCAAUUAACUUUCGAAAGUUCAGCCAUUCAAGAAAUUAUUGAUCAUUAUACUUGGGAAGCUGGAAUACGAAAUUUAAAAAGAUUACUUAACAAAAUUUUUUCUAAAUUCUCCUAUAAAAUGGCCGUGGGAGAGUUAAAAACUGAAAACAUUACUUUAGAAAAGGUUCAAGAAUAUUUAGGUAAACCUACAACUUCUGAUUUAACUUUCAAAGCUGAUUAUUCAGUGCCCGGAGUAGUGAAUGGUUUAAGCGUUUAUAAUCAAGAAAUGGGAGGAGGCGAUGUUUUGCCAAUUGAAGUAAGCUUUCCUCCCGGCAAAGGAAAAAUUAUCACUACUGGCAAUUUAAAAGAAACCAUGGAAGAAUCUGCUAGAGUGGCAAUUUCCUAUGUUAAAGCUAAUUUUGAAAAAUUCGGGAUUAACAAAAAUUUCAACUUCAACGACAAUGAUAUUCAUAUUCAUGUCCCCAAAGGUGGCAUACCCAAAGAUGGUCCGAGUGCCGGAGUUGCUCUAACCACUGCCAUUAUUUCUGCUUUAACUAAGAAAAGAAUUGAUAAGGAUAUUGGGAUGACAGGUGAAAUUACCUUACAUGGGCAAGUUUCAGCAAUUGGUGGAUUACAAGAAAAAAUUAAUGCUGCCCAUCGGAAAGGAUUGAAAGUUGUUUUCAUUCCCGAAGGUAAUGAAAAAGAUUUAGAGGAUAUUCCAUCCGAAGUGCGAGGGGUACAAAAUGUUCUUUUGCCAACUCUUAUUCCGCUCAACUUACUAGAAAAAGAGAAAAAGCAUGUUGCUGGAUUUAGUCCAGAGUGUUUCUAUGUGGAAAAAAUUGAAGGCCAUACGAUACACAGUAGUGCCGAAGAAGCCAAACAAUUUACUUUAAAUAUCCUUUCUGAUUAUCAAGACUAUGCCGAAAAUGCUCUUUGUUUGGGAGUAAUAGUUGGUCAGAAAACGGAAGGAGAAAAGUUUGCUGGAGCCUUAGAAACUUACACCGUGGAGUGCUUAUUACCAGACGGACAAUGUUUACAAUUUGCUACUAGCCAUUAUUUUGGAGAUAAUUUUUGCCGUUUGAUGGGAGUAAAAUAUCAAGACGCUUCUAAUAAAUUUCAAUACCCUUUUUCUACUUCUUGGGGUACUUCGACCCGUACUAUUGGAGCGGUUGCCAAAACUCAUGCUGACAAUUGA